CGUCACUUCCGGUUCCGGGGUUACGUGUGUACGGUAGUUGUAGCGAAUUUGGUGUUGCCCUUAAACUCGGUUGCCUCAAGUGGAGCGUAAAUAGUUGAUUCGACUCCUCUUACGUUUCGAAUCACCGUCUCACUUUACAAUAAGUGCGUUUGACCCGGAUGUGACCGGUGGAGAAUUUCCGUGCUGUGGCCCGUUGAGCUGGCUGUUCCGCACCGUGUCUUCUACACACGAUGACGGCCUGGGUGUGCUCGGGUGGCUUUGAGUUGGUCUCCUUGCUGCUGCUGCUAUCAGCGUGUCCUCCCUUGGUCGCUUGGGACACAGAUUUGGAGCUUCUCGACCUAGUAGAGGAGAUCCCGCAGACCUUCUAUCACUUUCUGAUGGUGGAGCAGGACGCGUCAGCAGCAGAAAUCAAGAAAGCGUAUCGUCGCUUGAGUCUCAUUUUGCAUCCUGACAAGAACAAAGACCCAAAUGCAGAAAGCCAGUUUCGUCAGCUGGUGGCCAUUUAUGAAGUCCUGAAAGACGAAGAGCGACGGCGCAGGUAUGACGACAUCCUUUUGAAUGGACUUCCUGAUUGGCGGCAGCCCGUCUUCUACUACAGACGUGUGAGGAAGAUGGGUAACAGCGAGUUGGCUUUCCUCCUGUUCCUCAUCCUCACUGUGGGGCACUAUGCCGUCAUUUGGUCAAUUUACCUGGAAAAGCAGCUGGAUGAACUGUUGAGUAAAAAGAAGAAGGAAAAGAAAAAGAAGAUCAACUCCAAACCAGCAGAGGAACUGAAGUGGACCACACCGGACCGUCCUGACAGGGCUCAGGAACGUCCCCACUGGCAGGAUAUUCUUCCUCUGAAAGUCAGCAUGUGGAUUUACCUGUCAAUCAAACACGCACCACAAACCCUGCAGGAGGUCCAACAAUACUACAAAGACUACCAGCAGAUGAAGAAGCAGCAGAGGGAAGAAGAAGAAGAGGAAGAAGCUCAACUGGAAGUCAUGACAAGAGAGAAGAAGCCAAAGUGGAAGAAACCAAAGAUGGAUUUUCCUGUUUAUGUCCCAUCAGCGGAUGAGCUGAACUCCCAAAGUUAUCAGCAGACGGGAUCCAUUGAGGAAGUAGAAGACCAGUUGGAUGAGUGGUUGCAGGAUCAGAGGCCUGCCAGGAAGAAGGCUUCAGAGUGGACCGAGGAAGACGUCAGCCUCCUCAGCAGAUUGAUGGGCAAAUUUCCAGGAGGAACACCGGGUCGCUGGGAGAAAAUUGCGCAUGAGAUGGGAAGAUCUGUGUCUGAUGUGACCACCAAAGUCAAACAGGUCAAAGACAACGUCAGCACAGGUCUUGUGAAGCUGUCCGAGUUGAAGGGGACCACUCUUCCGAUAAGGUCGCUUCCUGUUUCUGACACUUUAAUGACACAAAGUGUGGGUGGGGCCAGUGAGGAGCAUCAGGAGGAAUCGGUUCUGGCAGCCAAAAAAAGAAACAGGAAAACCUUGGUAGCAGCAGAUGGAGGGGAGGUCCGGAUCAGGGCUCGGAGACAGAAAGACUUCCACCCUGAUGAGGUGGAAGAGGAGAAAGCAGAGACCCAGGAGAACAAAGCGGACAUGAUGGUGUGGACUCAGAACCAGCAGAAGCUUCUGGAACUCGCCCUGCAACAGUUCCCCAGAGGAACUGCUGAGCGCUGGGACCGUAUCGCCAAAGUGGUCCCAGGGAAAACCAAGGAGGACUGCAUUGUUCGUUACAAGAUGUUGGCAGAACUUGUCCAGAAAAGGAAACAAGCUCAGAGUUGAUGAAGCCAAACUCCGCCCCCACUGUGACGUGUGACUACCUUUCAUCAAGUGGCUCCAGUUUGGAAGAUUGUGUUGUUGCUUGUCACAUGACUCUGACCUCAUUGCUUUAUGUGCCUUAUCUUUUCAGCAUGUCAGUAUCAUCAUUUCAACUAAUAAAAGAUAUUUAUUCUGAAA